UGCUAUGAAACCAAUAAUAUGAGGUUAGUUUUUUAAUUCUGUUUAUAUUUACUAAUGCAUUGACAAGAAAUUGUUUUGGGUUUUCUUAGUUACUUAACUUGAAUGUAUGGCACAGUUCUAGCACCUAUCAAUGGAAGGUCUUCCCUUACUGCCAGGUUAUGCUUUUCGAGACAUUACGCAAUCCAAAUUCAAUGUAUCCCACCAUUUUGACGUCAGAAAUGGGUAUGCUGUGAGUCGUAAACCUGAGUUUGGUAUUGGGAAAACUCCAUUGGACGUAAACUCAGUUCGCUAUCACGAUGCUCUUGAUCCGAUAAGAUUUGAUCCAUCACUCAUUUACGGCCGGGCAAAAAGCUACAAAAUUCCAACAUUCACUCCACAUUUUGUUCAAUAUGACAAGAAAUGUCUGACCUUCCGAGCGUUCUUUAGACAGUCCGUCGCUGAGUCACCGGAUGAACACUUCCGCAUCAGACAAGUCAACAUCAUCUACUUCCUUGAAGAUGACACCCUCACUGUCAUGGAACCUCCAGUGCAGAACGCAGGAUACGACCAAGGCAGGCUGGUACGCAGAGCCAAGAUUCCGAAGGGAUCGUCAGGCCAGCAUUGGCACUGGAAAGACCUCAACGUUGGCAUAGACCUUGUCAUUUAUGGUAUCACCUACCACAUUUGCAACUGUGAUGAAUUCACUACGGAAUUUCUGCUGAGUCAAGGUUUAGAGCUGAAUGCAAUGGAGGAAGUACCUCAGGAUCCGUACAUGUUGAGCCGACAAGGCUUCCCCCACCCUCCGUCUAGAGCUGGGCCUGUAGAUGACAAGCUGCGGCGUUUCCUGGAGUACGACGGCAAAGUUCUAAGGUUCUACGCAGUGUGGGACGAGAGAGAGAGUGGAGGGGAGAUGAGGAAGUACGUCAUCUACUACUACCUGGCCAACGACACGGUUGAGAUUGGUGAAGUUAAGACUCCAAACUCCGGUCACGACUCGUUCCCCAAACUGCUCAACAAGAUGAAAGUACCCAAGAAUUGGAAAGAUAUUCCACAGGAUUAUCCGUCUAUUUUCAUGGAGCGCAGUGAUGCAGAGGUGACUGAGUAUUACCAACCUAAGGACUUUAUGGUUGGCAACACAGUUCAUAUUAUGGCGAGGAAGUUUAUGAUCUACGACUGUGAUGCGUUCACUCGCAAGUACUUCUCCCACUGUCUGCAGCUCGACCAGCCUGCUGCGAUCAAAGUACUGGAAGAGAAGCCAGCACCACCGCCUCCUCCUCUCCCGCCACACAUAGGUAUAGGAGCUCCAGAAGAUACGGCUCAGUCUUGUUACUCCUUCAUGCCAAAACCUCCCAAGAAGGAUAUGCUCAGAUACAUCAUCAACGCUGGGAAGAAACUGCGCUACACCGCGGUGCUAGACUGGGUCCACCCUGAGGACAAGGAUCGCCAGUUCAUGAUAGAGUACAACCUGGCCAACGGAGAAGUGUUGGUGCAGGAACUGAAGGUACCCAACUCUGGGUUCGUGGCUGGUCGCUUCCUCCGACCCAUGUGUCUGCCCAAACCUGGCUCCAACCCAGACAACCCUCAGUUCUACACGCCUGGCGACUUCAAUAUAGGAUCUAUAGUGGAUGUGUUUGGACAUCGGUUCAAAAUCACAAGUGCAGACCUGGCAGUGUACAAAUACAUGGAGGCCAACCCUGAGAAGUUUAGUGAGCAAACCCUGCAGGGGAUGAGAGCUCACAUGGUGCGACUGGGACUGCUCAACCAGGAGAUAAAGGGGAUGAGAGCUCACAUGGUGCGACUGGGACUGCUCAACCAGGAGAUAAAGGGGAUGAGAGCUCACAUGGUGCGACUGGGACUGCUCAACCAGGAGAUAAAGGUAAGCAGACCUAGCAGUGUACAGAUACAUGGAGGCCAACCCUGA